CAGGCUAUACCACGAAUGAAAUCGAAUGCCGGCUAAGUAAAACCUGCGUUUGUUGCUCGUUUAGCUUAGUUUGAGCCGAUACUUAACUGUGCACAGGUCGAAGUUCGGAACUCUUCCACCAUGCCCAACUGUCCAAAAUGCGAUAAACCUGUUUACUUUGCUGAACGCAAGACCUCUCUGGGGAAAGACUGGCAUGCUGGAUGUUUGCGUUGCGAGAAAUGCAACAAGACUCUGACUCCGGGCUCGCAUGCAGAACAUGAAGGCAAGCCCUACUGCAACCAGCCCUGCUAUGCAGCCCUCUUCGGUCCCUCGGGCUUCGGACGUGGGGGCGCCGAAAGCUACGUUUACAAAUAAUGUUUCUUUGGCUUGUGUGCCAACAUUCCAAUUUACUUCAGUUAAAAGGAAUUUGUUGUUACGAGUUUAAAAACCAGUAUUUUUUAUAUCGCAAUUGUAUUUACUAAAAGGAAAAUAUAGAUUAUUUCCAUUUAUUCUCUUAA